UCAUUCGCUUCCGCAACAAAGGUCUGGUGGUUACACCUACCUGCUGUCAACUUUUUGUAGCGUGAUACUUACAUAUAACCUAUGCUGAUGUGUUACUUUGUCUCACUCCACUAGACAGGACAUGGAGGUGUUCCGUAGACCGAUAAAAACUAGUCAUCAUGUUGUGAUUAUUAUUGUAAUUUGCUCGUUGGUAGUGCGUCUGAGUGAACCGAAACUAACCGGUGUGGAAGAAAGUGAGGAUAAGAAAUCAGGAUCGCUGAGCUUUAAGACUCCAACAUUGGACGACGAGGAUGCCCACAGUCUUCACAUGCCACGGGAUUUGAAAUGUGAUGGCUGUCGUGUGGUAGCCUACCAGUUGCAAACAAAAUUUUCAGAAGCUCACAAGAAGAGGCCUUCUUUAAAAGUUUUACCCGAGUCACAAAUCUAUGACAUAACCGAGUCUGUUUGUGAGAGCAAAUUUGACAAGUAUGGAAUCAAGGAAGUUGAUGGACGGAAACGAUUAUCUGGGCCAGGACUAGAAACAGCAGACAUUCCAGGGAUUAUGCAGGGUGGGGGACGAUGGCCAAACAGAUUGAGAGAGACAUGCUCAAUGUACAUGGGGGAGAUUGGAGAAGAGGAGAUUUACGAGGCGUACAGACAGGAGAAGGACUUUGAAAAGUACCUAUGUAGAGGCCAAGGACUGCUGGGCGAGUGUUCAAAGAAAACAAGUCACAAAACCGACGAGUUGUAGGCAUGGUGUGAAUUAUUUAGCAUAUUGGGAAAUAUUUCUCGUAGAUAAAAACAUAUAUGACAUUGUUCUAGUAACAAUAACUAUGAAAAUACUCAUAGAUAGUGUAUCAACCCAUUUAAUGUCGAGUAAAAAAACUCAUUUUUCAAUUUAUAAAAUCUCCAUGCUCGUUUUUCCACUUGUUUAUUAUACUGUGUGUGUAUGACCUAUGCAUGCUUACUGAGUUAUAUUUCGGUUUAAAAUUGACCUCUGAUUUCAUUUAUUAGUAUUUGUCGAGUCAAAGAAGUUCAAAACUGUUGCACAAUUUUCUAAACAGUCUCUUUGGCUCCAUUACUGUUAAGAUACUGGAAAAGUUACAAAAUUAAGUUUUAUAUCAAACAUUUAUAUUUUUGUAUUCAACCCAUUUUCUAUUUGUCUUUUUAUUAUCUGAAAAUUGUUCUCUGCCUAAAUACAUUUUGUGUGAUAACCAGUAUGCUGUAUACAAUACGAAGGGGCCAUUUACAAACUUAAGUCACAUAAUUACCUUUAUUUAAGUGAUUUUAGGUCACCUGAGUUUCAAGUGACCUAUUGUGAUCGCCUUUUAUCCAGUGCAGUGUGUUGUAAUUUUCACUACUUCUCAAUACCCAAGAGGCCCAGGGUCAUAAUAUUGGGCCAGUAGCCUACUGGAAUGAAAUGCUACCAAGUUUGUUCAAAUGAAUGACCUUGAUUUACAUUAAAGGUCACAGGGGUCAAAUGUGUUAAAAUCUUUAAGGAACUUCCUCCAUGGGCCUCUUGUCAAUAUCAUUUCCAGGCCAUAACAUCUUAACAGCUGAAUAUUUUUUGUGCCAUGUCAUUGAAUCUAUGUUGAGUCGACAGCUAGACAUUACACAUUUUUUUCUGCAGAAUUUUGGUCUAAAUUCAGGGCUGAAUUCAUGCCCCAUUUCCUAUGGCAAAGCCUUCAUUUUUUCCCAAUCCAGUUAUUAAAUUUCACCAAAUAGUGUUAGUUUAACAAUUUGUCAAAUAUGCAAAUGGUGGCAUCUCAUAUACAACUUGUUUAAAGUCUAUCCUGGGUUCAGAUGAUUGUAUAUUUACUUCAGUUAAGUAUAUGAACUAGACCGAAGAGAAAUAAAUUUACUAAUUAUGAUUAAAUUCAAAUAUAUGUGUUUAUAACUUUCUCAAUUUUAGAUUUUGUCACAUUUUUCCUAAAUUCAAAGCCCUGCAAAUGUGAAUACCAACCUUAAAAUGUGACAUUGCAUCAAUCUGUAGUUGUGUUGAAUCAGAAUGUUUGAUGUUUGUUAGCGUAAUGGUUGUGACUUUGUGUCUGAUAUUGAUAGUACAUGUAGUUCCAUCCUUUUAAUCUGAUGUGAAUAUUUUUGUUAAACACAGAAAAUCUGUGUUAUUUCAUGUAGGAAUGACACAUAUAAUGUGUGUUUUUGCGUUCAUAGUAUGAUGUUACCUUUUUAUGUAUAACAUUUUGUUUAUUGGGAAAAAUAAAAUUAUACAAUAUUAA